AACUGCUUACCAGUAGAAGGUUGCAGUGUUUGCUUGUAGCCAACCCAGAAAGCCCAGGGCACAAGGCAGAGAUACACCCUGGAAAGGACGCCAGCCAGUUGUAGGGCCUUAUAAGACAACAGCACUAUGCUGUUUAAUUUUGCUGUUGCUUUGUGACAGAGAAAUGAACAUUUCGCUCGAGCUGGAAACAUAUCAGUACUGCUAUCCAGCAGCUAAUGGGACGUGUGUUAAAAGCAGCUACUCUGGAUUUGCCAGGUUUGCCUUGUAUAUGAUUAUUGCAUCGGGGAUGACCGUGACCAUCACAGGGAACCUGGUAGUCAUCAUCUCCAUCGCGCACUUCAAGCAGCUGCACACACCGACCAACAUGCUGAUGAUGUCACUGGCCCUGGCCGACCUGCUUCUGGGGGCCGUCGUGAUGCCCUUCAGCAUGAUCAGAUCGGUGGAGGGCUGCUGGUACUUUGGAGAUACUUUCUGCUCGUUGCACUCCACUGUUGACAUGAUCCUUACAGCUGCUUCAAUCCUUCACCUGAUGUCCAUUGCAAUCGAUCGAUACCAGGCAGUUUGCAAUCCUCUGCGGUACCAUAACACAGUGACCAUUCCUGUGGCUUGGCUGAUCGUAGCGUUGAGUUGGACUGCAGCUGUUUCUUACUCUUGCGCUCUCCUUUAUUCUAAGGCUAAUGUGAUGGGCCUAGAUGAAUUCAUCACUUCCAUUAAUUGCUUCGGGAGUUGCAUCCUUCUGUUUAAUGCACUGUGGGGUACCCUACAAACUCAGAUUUGGUUUUUCCUGCCAUGUUCAGUAAUGAUUGGCCUUUAUAGUAAAAUAUUUUUGGUAGCCAGACAACACGUCAGGCAGCUUGGAGGUACAAGUCAGCAGCCAUGUUUUACAGAGGGACAUGGCAACAGGAAAUCUCACAGCUCAGAGCGAAAGGCUGCAAAGACCCUUGGCAUUGUUGUAGGUGCCUUCAUACUCUGCUGGAUGCCUUUCUUUGUCAUCUCUAUAAUCGACCCCUAUAUUGACUUUGCAACUCCUCCUGUUCUUUAUGAAGGGUUUUUCUGGCUGGGUUAUUUUAAUUCCGCAUUAAAUCCUAUAAUCUACGGACUGUUUUAUCCGUGGUUUCAAAAGUCAUUGAAACUCAUUCUAUCUUUAAAGAUUUUUUCAGUACAUUCCUCAGAUACAAAUGUUUUUUCUGAAAGUUGAUAAUCAUCAUAUUCGACAUUUAUACAUACAUACUGUCAUGUUUAAAUAUGGCAGAAAUUGCUGUUAGUUUCUUUCAGUUCUUUUAAUUUUUUGAAACAUUACAUAACAAUGUUAGUAUGAGUAUUAUCUUUUAAGCACUCUGAAAACUAAUUGUUAAUUGAAUUCUCUGUUCUACUUACUUAGAAAUUAGUAUUCAGUUACACCUGCACUCUGAACUGUACUUAAUUAUUCAUAGCACUUCCAGUUAUGGCCACAUAGGCGAGGAAACAAUUCAAACAUCUAGCAAUGCAAGUGUGAGACAUGAGGUCUACCCAGAAAGAGAGCAUGUAAAUGACUGUGUAAAUAAUUUUUUGGGUAAGUAUUGGAUAUUUUGAAGAAUGCAUUUUUACUUACAUGUACCAAUACUUCUUUAUGUUUAAAUUAUUUAUUCAGUUAUUUUAUGCAGAAAUAUUUUUGAAUUUUGUACUUAGAUUAAAAAACUACCCCUUGUAAAAUGCACUUGUUUUUAUAACAUUAAAUUAUACAAUUUAAUAGCAUUUAGUUUAGCCAUCUGAUACACAUAACAGUCUCUGCAGGCUGGCAGGACUUUUAAUCAAACCAAUGUCAUAUUUUCACAAACGUGUCCCCAUGAUUGAUUGUCAUUCCUGAUAAGUUCUGAAUAAAUACCCGCUGUCAGAACCCCUACAAAUCACCAAAGGGCUUUUUUUGUCAUCUUCAUGUCCUGUUAGCCCAGAUCUCGUCCUCAGGAGCUCCCCCAGUUAAGCCCACGAGGGUGGCCCUCUCUGCCUAGCCUCCUGUCUCUCACUCCCUGUCCACCCUCCGAUGUCCCAUAGUGUUCUGUCAGGCCCUGCACUUCCAAGAACCCUUAGUCUUCAAUUUGCUCCAUUGCCUUCCCACCAAGUCCCAUUCGUGCCUCAGUCUCUAGGUUCCCCUAAUCAACCUUGGUCUUUAUCUCAGUUCCCUGGUUGUGUCCCUGAUUGGUUUCAUCCUGGUAUGCAUCCUGUCUCCACUUUCCCCAGUCUAGUUGCAUUGACCAGACUCAUGUUCCAUCUAUCUGUUCUACUGCACCUUUUGUUUAAUGCCUUUCUCCAAUCUGUCCUGUUCUGUUUUUACCUGUU